GCGAGGAAACAGAGGAACUUCCUCUUCCGGAUGACUCAUGAGAGAAAGGUGGUAUGCAGAGCGGCUUUUCUGCUCUUCCCAGGGUCGAAGCAGCAGCUGGCAGACAAAGAGGAUGGCAAUAAGAACACUCGGGACAACUGUAAAUAACAAACACUGUUGAAAAGGGAAGAAAAUCAAGCCAGAAAUUAAAUAUUUUCCAUUUCCUUCAGAAAACUACACAAUUCUCCUCUUCCAACAGCUGUUAGACAAAAGAGAGAAAAUCAAGAAAGAAUAAACAGAUCAUGCAGAACUGAAGGAUACAUUACAUGAAAAGUGAAGGGAGAUUAUUUAUCCUUCAGCAAAAGAGGGAAAUAUCUGGAGGUCAGUGGGGAGGAAAAGGUCAAUAGUAAAGUCACGUAGAGCAGACAGUAAUUCAGGCCUCUCCCUGUGAGGAAGAAAACGGCUUGAAUGAAAGCACCACUAAACAAAGCAUUGUCCAUAUUUUAUCAAGAAUAUCAUCUGUGGAAAAGCUCCAUAGAUUUGUCUAUUGUGGGAAAAGCAUAGAUUGCAAGUUGCAGCUGAUGAUGCACAAGAGGAGCCAGAGAGGAGAAAAACCAUAAAAAUUACCUGAUUGUGGCAAAAGCUUUGGUCACAACAGCUCCCUUGUGAUUCAUGGAAGCACCCAGACACAAGAGGGAAGCCACAAAAGUGCUCCCAAUGUAGUAAAUGCUUUAGUGAGCACGGCAACAUGGUGCUACAUCAGAUAACUCACAGGAGGAAGAAAACGUAUGACUGUGCAGAUUGUUUGAAAGUUUCAUUAGAAAUUCCCAGGUCAUGAGACACUAAAAGACGCGCACACAAGAAUAAAAACCAUUUGAACAUCCUUUCACUGAAAAGUUUCAGUGAGAAUUCCAUCCUGGUGAAGCACCAGAGAACUCACAAGGAAGAGAAAACCUUUGAAUGUCCUGAUUAUGGGAAAGUCACAAUUCCAGCCUGGUGAUACAUCAGAAGACCCACAUAGGAGAGAAAUGUUUUGAAUGUCCUGAUUGUUGGAAAACUUUCAGUUAUAAUUCCAGCUUGGUGAUAGACCAGAGAAAUCAUAAAGGAGAAAAACCCAUCCGAUAUACUGACUGUGGGAGAAGUUCCAGUUCGUAAUUCCCACCUGCCAAUACAUCAGAGGAUUCACUCCAUGGAGAAACUUUAUGAAUGUCGAGAUUGUGGGAAAGCUUUCAUUAGAAAUUCGCACCUCCUGAGACACAAGACCACGCACACAGGAGAGAAACCCUUUGAAUGUCCUAUCUGUGGGAAAGGUUAUAGUGAUAAUUCCAGCCUGAUGAUACACCAGAGUAUUCAUACAGGAGAGAAACCCUUUGAAUGUCCUGACUGUGGAAAAGAUUUUAGUCUGAAUUCCCACCUGGUGGUACACCAGAGGACUCACACAGGUGAGAAACCCUUUGAAUGUCCUGAUUGUGGGAAAGGUUUUAGUCAGAAUUCCCACCUGGUGAUACACCAGAGGACUCACACAGGAGAGAAACCCUUUGAAUGUCCUGAUUGUGGGAAAUGUUACCGUCAGAAUUCCCACCUGGUGAAACACCGGAGGACUCACACAGGUGAGAAACCUUUUGAAUGUCCUGAUUGUGGGAGAGGUUUUAAUGAUAAUUCCCACCUGGUGAUACACCAGAGGAGUCACACAGGUGACAAACCCUUUGAAUGUCCUGAUUGUGGGAAAUGUUACCGUCAGAUUUCCCACCUGGUGACACACCAGAGGACUCACACAGGAGAGAAGCCCUUUGAAUGUCCUAUCUGUGGGAAAGGUUUUAGUGAUAAUUCCAUCCUGGUGAAACACCAGAGGACUCACACAGGAGAGAAACCCUUUGAAUGUCCUGAUUGUGGGAAAUGUUACCGUCAGACUUCCCACCUGGUGACACACCAGAGGACUCACACAGGAGAGAAGCCCUUUGAAUGUCCUAUCUGUGGGAAAGGUUUUAGUGAUAAGUCCAGCCUGGUGAAACACCAGAGGACUCACAGAGAAACCCUUUGAAUAUCCUGAUUA